GACUCCAUCCAACUCCAUUUCCCUCCUUUAAAAGGCUGCACUUGACUGCUCUUUAUCCGGCCGACCGAAGGUGACAGGUAGUGACUGCCUUCCGGACCCGGCAGCUUGACCCUUGAUGUCUGGCUUCGUUCACCCACUGCCGCCCAAAAUGCCCAUUCCUGCCACCGUUGUGUUGCUUGCAAGCUGCGUCACAGGUCGUUCAAUGAUGGCUCUCGCUUCGUCUUUUCCCAUUACAACCAGCGCCAUGACGACGGGCUGUGUCUCAGAAGAAGCGACAGCCACCUCUACUUUCCUUCUCGCGACAGUCCGCUGGAGAAAUUCUCCAUUCUCGCUGACCUUCGCUGACAACAGCCCGACGAGCCCGGAAGCAAUUCCGUUUACCACUGCUGUUGGCGACGGUAUAACAAACUCAACUGAUCCCGACACCACUAAUGUCAAAAGCGAUCUUGCUAUGAUCCACUUCGCUGCCGAUGAAGAUGGAUUUCUUGCCAAGCCAGGCCCAAGCCCAGGCAGUCCAAACCUUUGGGAGGGACAGUGUCGAAAACAAAAGCGAAAGUGUCGAAGGUGUUACACUGGAGUCCACUUUGCAUGCAUGAGAGAAUUUGGAAAAGCGAGGGGAAGAUGUUAUGAUUUGUUCAGAAAAGGUUGUGAGGAGAGAUGGGACUGCUCGUGUGAGAGACUGCGUUGAGGGCUUCUUGCAGCAUAUCCUAUUCGCAAUUCCAGCAGUAAGAUCAGCAGCCGUUCCCUCUCCGAUUAGAUUUUCUAUCACAUCCCCGACACUCUGGCCUCCGCUGAAAGUAUCGCUGGAACACUGAUGGAAGGGGCAGGAAAAUGCCAGCUUUGUGA